CCCGCGAGGCGCACGCAGCGCCAGUCUGGGAAGCGCGCAGGACGCGGACGCCGAAGGAAUGCAAACGACGGCGGAUUGCGGCGGGAGAAAGGCGCGCGCUGCUGGUGGUUCUGGCAGCGGAGGAUCGGGCGCGGGAGUGAAAGGCGGAGAGAGGAAUGAUCUCUGAAGUUUCCGGCCGAAGAAGCCGUGGGAAUGAGCUGACCCCAUUUCAGUGAUCUGUUUUGUGUGUGUGUUCCUUCCGACAUCUCUGGGCCUAGCUAUUCCUGCGCUGCCCGUCUGCAGCCGUCCGCAAUGCCGCUCGGGAAAGGCUGGAAGAAAAAGGUUGAGGACAUCACCAGCGUCUACGACAUCAAAGAGAAGCUGGGCACAGGGGCCUUUUCAGAGGUGGUCUUGGCACAGGAGCAUGGAUCCCAACGCCUUGUAGCUCUCAAAUGUAUUCCCAAGAAAGCUCUGCGGGGCAAGGAAGCAGCAGUGGAGAAUGAAAUUGCUGUUCUCAAAAAGAUUCAGCAUGAGAACAUUGUGGCUCUGGAGGACAUUUAUGAGAGCCCCACUCACCUGUACCUGACCAUGCAGCUCGUGACAGGAGGAGAGCUCUUUGACCGCAUCAUUGAGCGGGGCUACUACACCGAAAAGGAUGCCAGCCAGCUCAUCCGGCAGGUGCUGGAGGCAGUGAACUACCUGCACGAUCUGGGCAUUGUUCAUCGGGAUCUCAAGCCUGAAAACCUUCUCUAUGCUACUCCGUUUGAAGAUGCCAAGAUUAUGAUUACAGACUUUGGGCUGUCCAAGAUUGAAGCUGAUGGAAUCAUGUCCACAGCUUGUGGUACCCCUGGCUACGUGGCCCCUGAGAUCCUGGAGCAGAAACCGUACGGAAAAGCCGUGGACUCCUGGGCGCUUGGCGUCAUCUCCUACAUCUUGCUCUGCGGUUAUCCCCCUUUCUAUGAUGAGAACGACUCUGAGCUUUUCAACCAGAUCCUGAAAGCUGAGUAUGAGUUUGAUUCUCCCUACUGGGAUGAUAUCUCUGAGUCAGCCAAAGAUUUUAUCCGACACCUUCUAGAACGGGACACUGAGAAGCGAUUCACCUGUGAGCAGGCCCUGCAGCACCCCUGGAUCUCUGGGGACACGGCUUUGGAGAAAGAUAUUCAUGGCUCUGUGUGUGAGCAGAUCCAGAAAAACUUUGCUCGCAGUCAAUGGAAGCGAGCAUUCAAUGCCACAUCCUUCUUGCGGCACAUCACCAAGCAUGGACCUGGUGCGGAGGGCGAGGAAAUUGGAGAGGCCACUUCUGGAGCGCAUCAUGGGAAAUGGUGACCAGAGAGGUGCCUGGAGAGCCUGGGCCGCUGCCCUUUGCAUGAGCUACCCUCCUGCAUGCGGCUUCACAGCCAUGAUGCUGCGCCAGUACCCUCACCCAAGAGGUGGGCGUGCCCUUUCAUUUCCUGCUCCCCCUUCUGGGGACAUCUCUGCCCUGAGGGGCCCAGGAGUCACGUCAAGUCAGCCACUGUCCAGCCUGCUUUUAGCAGGGUCUGAAGUUGCCCUGCUGCCUGGGACCAAAGCCCGCCUCCCCCUUAAGGCUGGUGAAGCCCUCACAACCCUGCUGUGUUACGCACCACACCUUCUUCCAUGUUGGCUGUAGAGCCCAGCGAGAGCCCUGGAUGGCUUUGGGUGGGGGAGAGAAUGCUGUGUUGGUGGAGGGGCUGAAAAAGACACCCUUCCCUAUAACCUGUUGGAGGGAUUCCAAGAUGGAUUUGAGACUCUUUCUCCUCCCCGUGAGAGCAACAACAUGGUAGCUGCCGAGCAGAGAAGAUCUGGUGGAGCAGAAGGACCUCACGGUAGCUGUGUGGGAAUAGUGGAAUGGGAAAUAGUAAAGAAGCAGCCGCCAGGAAUCCUGAGACAGGGAGGUGCCAUUUGAUAGACAUUGGAGGGACCUCGGGAGUUGGGCUCCAGAAGGUGAAGACAGAUGUAACAUUUAAAAGACGGAUGCUGGUGGUUUGUAGCAGCCUCACUGUCUCCAAACUAACUUAUACUUUUCUGUCACGGGGUGCACAUUUUGGGGUGGGGAUUCUGGAGGGUUUUUUCUUAGCAUGGUUCAGUUUGAACCAGGGAGAAGUCAGCUGUGAUGAGCACCAAUUCACAUGUACCCAGGAUAUCUCCAACUUAUACCUCCACAUUCUGAAGCAGUUUUGUAGCCAUUUAAAACAAAAACACCUUGAGGUUGUGUUUCCUUUUUUUAAGAUGAAGGAAGGACACAUCUAAGCCACAAGUAACAAAACCGUAAGAGGCAGAGAGGUCUGCUUCACGCACAAGGCAUGGGGCAAGGAUGUGGGGUUGACACAUUGCCUUGCAGUAGGAAGCCACUGGCCAAUCCAGCAUUUGACUUGUUGGCACGUCUGCAGCAUGAGUUGCUAAGCUGGCGCUGCCCUGUGGGGCAAGAGCCUGCUCUGAGAAUGCUGCGUCUGUCUUUACCUCUUGCUGAUUAGUGUUUUGUUUUUCAGUUGGGCCAGUUAGACAAGGUGUUGGUGGAUUCUAGGGAAAGAGAGAGUCAGCUGGGACCAGCCAGGAGCAGCCAAGGCCUCCUGGAUUCAUCAGGUGCUCUGCUUUAUGUUCACAGAUCCGUCGCUACUUGCCCCUCUCCCCAGGGAAGAACUGGGCUCCAUAGGACAGUUGCAGUCCGAAAUAAAGUUGCUUCCUUGAGUGCAGCUCAGGGGUGCCCCACAUGGCGGGGGGAUGGGCUAUCCCCUAAUGUUCCCCAAAAGAUAUUGGUGGGGAAAGCAGGGGGGUCAGCAAGGUCAGUUGCCCUCCUCCUCUAUUCCACACCCCCUACCACCUGCCCUUGUAUUCCUGUCAGACUGAACAUUUGCUUUGCCGUGUUGCUCAGAGCUGGAGAUUGUUCUUGUGGUUCUUGUGGGGACUGGUGGGGGGUUGUUUCCGUCAUGCUUCCCCUUCCCACACGUGUCAAUAAAUGAAAACUGUAA